GCUUAUCUCCAUGGUAACCGUGUCAACAACUCUGCGCCCGGCCAUGGCCCUGGCCCCUUCGCCUGGGGCACCUAGUCUACCUUCACUUGAGACUUCAAAUUACCAAAUACAGAUUGGUAGUCUGAAACACGUCCUUCCGAAGAAACGAAAGACUCUGGCCUAUCAGUUUUCUGUUGGAGGUCAUUUGUCCACAUGGCCUGCAUAUGCAUCUGGGCAAGCUAUCCUACAGAGUCGGAAACCCUGUUGUCUUCCAGAGGGGAGAAGCAAGAAACAGGCUUCUCUUACCAUUGCAAAACCACGAUACCUGGAGGAGCUGGAAUGCUACCUAAGGAAAGAGCUGCAGUCUCUGGACCUGACUAAAGAGAACACUCAGGAACUUAAGCUCCAGCCUUAUAGAGAGAUCUUUGAGUUCUUCAUAGAAGACUUCAAAACCUACAAGCCCCUGCUGUCUGCCAUAAAGAAUGAGUAUGAAGUUACAUUGGCUCACCUGAGGGAGAAGAUCCGCUCCCUGGAGCCCUUGAAGGCAAUGCUGGUGUCUGUGUCAGAUGAGUGCACCCGGCAGAUCGUGGCACUGCAGGAAGAGGAGAAGGCUGAAAUAACGAUGCUGAAGAAAGAGAAACUGUAUUUGUUAAAGCUUAUCGACAAAAUGAAGGAGGAGAAGGGCUCCCUGCAGACUCAGGUGAACAAGCUGCGGAAGAACGUGGCCAAGGAAUACAUGCGCUACAUUAAUGAGUGUGACGCACGCAAGCUGCUGCUAGCAGAUCUGAAUGAAAUGCGCAACCAGCAGUUGGAAAUGUCGCUUCGCCAAGUCCAAGACGUCAAGGGUGAAGACUUGGUCAAGGUAACGCUGGCAUUGAAGAUAGCUCGGCAGGACCUCACGAAAGCCCAGGUGGAGCUGAACACGAUGAAAGCAGAUUACGGAGAUGUUGUACCCAGGAGAGACUUUGAAUCGCAGGAGAAGAAAUAUUCUGAUCUGUUUGAGAAGAUGGAAGUCCUGCAGAAGGAUUUUGAUGAUCUCCAAAAGGAGUAUGACACUCUGCUGGAAAUCCACCAAGAGACCGUGGAAGAGCGAGACUGGUUCUACAACGAACUCCAGCAAGUUCAGCGCAGCUCCACCCCCCGGCCUGACUGGGCAAAAUGUGCAGAGGUGAUUUCUGGUGGGCCUGAGCGGUGGAGCUAUCUGGAAGAGGGGAAGACCAGUGACCAGCUGGUGGAUGUCCUUCUGGAGGAAAUAGGAACAGGAGUGCUGAAGGAGAAGGAUUCCUUCCCCGGGCUGGGCAAAGGGGACAAGGUCCCUGUGUACCUGAGGUACGAAGGCCAGGUGAAGAACAAGAAGCUGAACAAAAAGGAUGUGGUGAACAUCCUGAAGGAGAUCUGGAAAGAGAAAGUUUCAGCAGAUCUGCAGAAAGGGAAGCAAUCCAGCCUUCCAGAGUUCUUCCUUAGCUACCUCCAGAAGAAGUAUGGAGACUCCUCUGCCUUCGAAUGGGCUUACACAAUCUAUGAAAACAUCAAGCUGUACCGAUCAAAUGAAGCCAUGAGCUUGUUCUAUGACAUACUGAGUGGGAAGGUGGAUGAAGGACUAUACCAUGGCCAGAACCAGCUAAUCGCCAACCUGCUGAAGGAGCUGAUGGCCAGCGACAGCUCAAACAGCGGAACGCUCAUGACGGAACAGUUCAGCCUGGCACUGAGGGCAGCUUUUCCCUUGAAAAGUAGUGAUCAGAUCCAAGAACUAAUAGAUGUGAGCAGGUACAGGGCAGAAAGCCCAGAGGACCUCAUCGACUACAGAUCCUUAUUCAUGGAGGAUGAGGAGGGCAACGCUGAGCCCUUCGUUGCGAAGAUCAGGAGCCAAUAUGCUAGCGAGAAGCAGGAGUAUCUGAGAGAACUGAGGAACGAACUGGGCCAUGCGCCGGAAGUGGAAGUGGACGAUCUGAAGACAGCCUUCUGUGCCAUUGAUCCUGCUAUUGACGACCUAACGCUGGAUGCCUACGUUUGCCUGGCCUUCCAGGCCUCAAAAGAGCAGUGGGAUCAGACUGGCUCCCUGCCUGUGGACACAGUGGUUGAGAGGCUGCUGGCUGGAGACACCAAACGAAUAGGCGCCCGUCCUGAAGAGAUCUACACAAGCCUCUCAGAGCGGGGAGAGGCAGGGGCCUACCCUUAGUUAAAGGGCGCGUCUCACCCGUUAUGGACUCAGCUAAAUAUUGUGUCUGGCUUUACAAAAGGCUACUCCUAAGGGCUACUGCACUGAGUUUGUUUCCAGGCUAACUGAUCCUUAACACCAGAGAGGGCUGGUUUGGAUCAGCAGCAGAGCAGCCAGCUCAAGCAGAUGAGUUCCUGCAGCUCAGCGCCCUGUGUAAAUAGUUUAAUUUAAGCUCUCCAGGAGCAGGGUUCACAGUCCCAGCAGAGGCAGCUCAUCCCUCCAAAGCAAGGUGGAGGCCUGGGACUGCUAAUCUCUAGGGAUGGCAAUGUCAGUUUUCACAAACACUCCACUACUUGCUUCGUCACAGCUGCUGAGACCAGCAAGCCCUCCUCAAAGGCCAAGGGUGGGGUGCAGGUACUCAACAGCCUGGAAAAUUAGAUCCUAGCCCUUUAAAAGACCCUACCACUUCUCUUUCCUUGUUUUGAGAAGUCAGGCAAGUUUUCACAAGAGCAAGAUUUCUAGAGAAGGGCUUGGCUACAUGGGGAAGUGAUGCUGCUAGAAGGUAGAGUGUGAAUUUAAACUGCUCCAGGAAUACUGCUGUAACUCUGUGGGGACACAUUCCAGUGGGACAGUGCCUUCUUCAGUUAGGUUCUGGCAGUUCGGAAGUUGGUUUAAGCUAAACCCAAAAAAGUCCCUCUCAUCCCAAAUUAAGAGUGUCGCCCCAGGACUUACUCCAGUCUAACUCGACAGGUAGAACUGGAGAAGUGGCCCUGUGGACAAGCCUGAAGACUCCUGCCCCAGGGGAAAGGGCGAAGUGGGUAUUGGUAACUUUGCACAGCCAUUCACUAAUCCUUACCAGUGUUUGCCCACUCAGGGCUGCUCCUCUCCGAAUUCCCUUAGCCCUCUGCUGCAGUGGGCCAAAUGUCAGAGAUCAGGAUCUGGAAGCACCUCUAAGUUGCUAGGAGGUGGCGUAAACAAGCUAAGAGUCACCCUGCCGGAGUGUAAUCAUCUGGCCUGCUCCCGUCCCCCUACCACAGACUGGGGAAAGCUGAAAGGCAGGAGAGCCGUAGCUGAGUAACACACACCAAUUGGGUGCAAGCAUGAAGUGGAAUGUCAGGAAGAACAGCCCCAAAACAUUCAGGGUGCAGAAGCACCAUAGCUCAGCUGGACUACGGUAGGGGGUGCUGAAUGCUUCUGCCGAGUUUACACCUGGAGUACGGCAUUGUGUCUGUGCACCUCCACACCAGGAAAAGUCUAUGCCGAGCAGGGAAAGCAACAUACAGCAUAGUGUAGCUAGAACCCAAACUACUGAACUGGGUGCACAGAAAUCCGGAACCCCCUUGACAGAAGAAUAAUGGUGAGUGUGGUGUAAGCGGGUGGAAUUCAGUGACUAGCCAGGAGCAUUUCACUGAAUUGUGAUCAGUCUCUACCAGCUGUGGUGUGAGCUCGUAGUACCGGGCUGGAGGAGACAUGGGGGCACACGUGGUAGAGAGCAGCCCUACAUUCACGCAUCAUGCAGUGCAAUGGACUAGAGCUGGUCAUAUUUACUUGUAGUGUUAAUAAUUCUAGGUUUAAAAUAGCUUCUGGAUAUUCCGAGUGUAGAUUUCUUGUCUUCAAUUACAAUCUGACAACUUUAGAGGUCA